AUGGUCUCCCUUGUUCCUGUUUCGAUAACAUCGACUCAAGCUUAUUCUCAAUUCGAGCCCAAAUGCACCACCCCGAAUAAGACAGUAAAUUAUGUCGGGAGUCCUGAUACGAGAGGAACAUUCGACCUCCUGUGGAGUUGUCUCCUCACAAUCGUGGCUUGUACGUGGUCAUUACAAUAUCUCAAUGUGCCCGAGCAACGCGAAGACCUCGACCCGGGGUGGAAAAGACACAUCAAAUGGUCGGUGAGAACAAUGUGGCCCAAGUUAAAAUGGUCAUUCAUCACUGUCAUUGCUCCGGAAGUCACACUCGGCAAGGCAUUCGGGAACCAACUGGCAGACCGUCAAGUCCGGAGAGGAUGGAGCCAGCUUGCUGCCGAGGAUGGUGUUCCUGGAUCACUGCUGCAUGCUUCUUAUGCGAACAUGGGAGGAUUUUGGCUGGAGAUUGUUGGGCAGCCCGAAAAUACCAUCGACUUGCAAGAAUUCUACUCGAGUCCACAGGGUCAAUUGCCGCGGCACUUUCUCCUUUCAGGUCAAGAUAUCAUCCAACUUCGAAUCAAACGUAUUAUACCGCGACUUCCAUCCAUCUCCCGUGAGGAGAUCAUGGAACGGGAUAGGGGAAGCGGGGAGAGCUUUGCACUAUCAACUGCCGGAGGUCAAAUUCUUUGGAUCACGAUACAGAUCACUGCUCGCCGAGCAAGAGGGUUGACUGUAUCUCAGCUAGAGAUAGCAGUAAUAGCUUUCUCUGCCUGUGCGAUCGCAACCUACAUAGCCAAUUGGAACAGACCGAAACAAAUCCUACGACCGGUAGCAAUCAGAAUCGAGAUUCCUGUAUCCUCAUUUGACAAAAAAGUCACAGAGAUACAGGCAGCAUUGAACGAAGCGAGGUCCCAGAGGGGUAGAUCUCUUUUUGACGAGAUCAUACCUAGUGCGCUACGUGGGAAUAAAGAAUUGGCCGAUAUCCCGGAUGGGUAUGCUGGACUUGGAUUUCUUUAUAUGGGCAUUGCCGGCGCUGUCCUUUUUGGAGGAAUCCAUCUCGCGGCAUGGAAUUUUCAUUUUCCUACCAACAUCGAAUUGAUCGGGUGGAGAGUCGCCAGCUUGAAAGAUUUUCGAAAGCACUUGGGAGCUUUCUUGAUAAGGCGGCGUCCACGGGUUUAAAGGGUGUGAUAUAUAUUGGCAUAAUUUUGUACGUUGUAGCACGGUUGUUUAUUCUGGUUGAGAUCUUUCGGUCGUUGUGUUUUCUCCCGCCAGAUGCUUGGGUGGCGACGUUUGCAGCAGAUAUUCCGCAUAUUGGUUGAUUUCAGCUUUCGG